CAGUACAAUAAUCUUUAAUUUUAAAAAACAUCUUGAUUUCCUUUGCCUUGUAUUUAAAAUAUAUACUCAAAAUGCCUGGGCUGUGCUCAGUUUGCCGCACUUGCGGUAAGAAUGUGAAUAAUUCGCGGGCCAGAGCUAUUAAACUCUUCGACAAGCACAAUUAUCACUUGAUAAGUUUAAUUGAAAACAUCACCGAUAUGUAUCUGGAGUUCGAUACUACUAUGCCAGAUCUCAUUUGCCAUUGGUGCAAACUGCAGCUGGACAGGAUUUUGGCAUUCCGCAUCAAGUGCCUGGAUGUCCAUCAGUCGUUUUUGGCCUCCAACAAGAAACGUUUGCAAGGAACGGCUGUAAUUGAUGAAGAACUCGAUGAGCAGGAACUGGAGCAGGAGGAGCCUCACCAGGAGGAUAUGGUCGAGGAGGCGGACCAGGAGGUGGACCACCAGUCUCCCAGGACUAGGCCUAAACGGGCGACGCCAAGCUCCAAGACCUGGUUCUGUGACCAGUGCGGCGGAGUAUACAAGGGCAAGUCUAUCCUGGACUUUAAGCUCCACCUGCAGCGCCACACUGGGCACAAGCCCUUCGAGUGCGACAUCUGUCAGUCCAAGUUCUACACGAAGAACGAGAUGCGCCGCCACAGGAUCCUGCAUUCGGAUGCCCGGCCCUACGCAUGUCGCUUCUGCACCAAGACCUUCCGCUCCUGCAGCAGCAAGGCGAUCCACGAGCGCAACCACACUAACGAGCGACCCUUUCAGUGCCAUCACUGCGAGAAGACCUUCACCUCCAGCUCAUCGCGCCAAAGGCAUGAGAUGCUGCACACCGACCAGCGGAAGUACCACUGCGAUACCUGUAACCAGUGGUUUCAACGAUCUAGCCACUUAACCUUACACAAAACCACUAAACUACACCAGCAGAGAUUGGAAAGUGCCCCGACUGCCCAAAAGAAGAUAAUAAACCGGCUUAAUAUUGAGCCAACAAAGUGGAUAAACCCAAUUUUCAGUUCCUCGACUGCCUAAAAUGAAAAUAACAUGGUUUUUGAUGGCUAAAAAGAAGAUACAAAUAAUUUUAAGUUACAUUGACUGAAACAUUUGCCCGAAAAGAGUGAUUCUCCUAAUUAUAAGUUUCGUUACUUCUGUCUAAAAAAUAUCUUAUGAUGAAACUGGAAUGAAAUUAAGGAUGAUAAGUUCUUAAAAGAAGAUAAGAAAAUUUUAAGUUG